UCUAAAUUUUACAUCACUGUAUAUUCAAUAUUGAAUCUCACGCAACUCUUAUAAGAUACACCAUCGCACUAUUAUAAAUUACAUACAUCUUAUUAUAUCUUAUUAUAUCUAGCUUUAUAAAAUGUCUAUAGUGUACCUAUAUGUGUGUAGGUAUUGUACUAUAAGUACCUAAUCGGCUACCUCCUACGUACAUCAUGCAAGCCACAAAGCCUAUCCCUGCCCACAUGCGUCACCAGAGAAUCUUCAUUUGCUACAUGCUAUGUAGUAGCUACCCUAAAAACACUAGAAACUUGCUCCGAAUUCGACCAGGGUCUAUUAAAAUCUAUACCUUCAGCGUCAAUGCCAGCCUGCUUGCAAACCUCAUUGACGUGACCACGAUGAUUUUCACAAAGGCUACAGAGAGAUGAAGUAAACGAGGCUUCAUUGCGACCCCUUUAUUAUAGUUUAUUUCGCCACCAUCCUCAUCCGUUUCUGUCGCAAGCCCGUCGCAAUACAACCUUCUCCCCUCGCCCGCUAUAAUGAGAUUUUUUCUUCUCCCUAUCUCAACCCGGCGAACUCUGCUCUAUUGCCAGAAGGUUCAAGUCUUACCGACGAAUAAGCAAACCUUAGUAGAUAAGGCUGCGGUUCGUGCUGCACAGCUUUGGUCUGGCUGGGAGCAAAAAGAGAGCGGUUGGCAGAAGAAAGUUGUGCUCUAUGGCAACUCCCUUUUGAAAAGAAUCCCCUUCGAGGAAUGGGGCCUUAAAUCGGUACCUCCUCUAUCUACCAGACGUAGGGCAGAAGAAGUGCUAGGAAAAGACAAGAACUAUCUUAUUUACCCAGAAACACUAAUACCUACAACAAAAGCGGUAAACGUCCUUCAAACCCUUGGGACAGAACGGGAAGCGUUACAUAGGACUAGGUUAAUGUGGUGCUGCGUUGGAAUGCCCAUAAGUGCGCCGUUUGCUCUUGUGCCAGUGAUCCCUAACCUGCCUUUCUUUUACCUAUUGUAUCGAGCUUGGUCGCAUUGGCGAGCCCUCGCAGGCGGCAAACACAUCCAGUUCCUCUGCGACAAGAAUCUGUUAUCUUUAACUCCAUCGCCAGUACUCGGUUCGAUCUACACUCCACUACACCCUGGCCCUCUUACUUCGAAAGAACAAAUAGCAGACACAGAUAAAGCGAGCAAAUCAACCGCCGGUAAUUCCAAAGAGUCCGUGGAGGAGCGAAUGCUACUUUCGCAAGAGAAUGGGCGUCAGCUCGUAAAGGCGCUGGAAAUACCGGAGCUCGAAGUUGAACUUGAGCGGGCGAUUUGGCAAGUCGAGACAGCGAUGCAAAGAAAACAGGAAGAGAAGUCUAAACCGCCCGAUACGGAAAAGCCAAAAUGACGUGGUACCGGAAUUAAAGCAAAUAGAUCUUGUGGAAGCUGGUGACGAGAGGGUAUUUCAUGAUAAUAAGAUCAAGAACUCAUAGGUAAUGAUACCCGGAUUUGGU